CUCGGCUGGGCUCCGCUUGGUGAUCUCAUUAUCAGCCUCAUCUAACCGGGCUGCCAGCAUCGUAUUGUCUCCCGGAGACGCAAACAGCUGAGUACCUUUGGGGAAGCCCAGCCCCCGACCGGCCGCCAUGGGGGACGAUAGCGAGUGGAUGAAGCUUCCCAUCGACCAGAAAUGUGAACACAAGGUGUGGAAAGCCCGACUAAACGGUUAUGAAGAAGCUCUGAAGCUGUUCCAGAGGAUAGAAGACGAGAAGAGCCCGGAGUGGGGGAAGUUCCUGGGCCUCAUCAAGAAGUUUGUCACAGAAUCUAACGCCGUUGCUCAGCUGAAGGGCCUGGAGGCUGCGCUGGCCUUCGUUGAGAACGCACAUGUGGCCGGAAAGACGGCCGGCGAGGUGGUGUCCGGGGUGGUGACCAAAGUGUUCAACCAGCCCAAGGCCCGGGCCAAAGAGCUCGGCGCCGACAUCUGCCUCAUGUACAUCGAGAACGAGAAGGCCGAGGUGGUUCAGGACGAGCUGCUCAAAGGACUCGACAACAAGAACCCCAAGAUAGUGGUGGCCUGCAUCGAGACGCUCCGCAGGGGUCUCAGUGAGUUUGGAUCUAAAAUAGUGACGUUGAAGCCAGUCGUGAAGAUUUUACCCAAACAGUUUGAGUCCAGAGAGAAAGCGGUGAGAGACGAAGCCAAGCUGCUCGCUGUAGAAAUCUACAAAUGGAUCAGAGACGCUCUGAGACCGUCGCUGCAGAACAUUAACUCUGUACAGCUGAAGGAGCUGGAGGAGGAGUGGGUGAAGCUGCCUUCAUCUCCUCCCAAACAGAGCCGCUUCCUGCGAUCGCAGCAGGACCUGAAGGCAAAGUUUGAGCAGCAACAAGCCCAAGGAGGAGACCAGUCUGAUGGAGACGAGGAGGAGGAAACGGCGACGGCAGUCGAUCCGUACGAGCUGCUGGAAGCUGUGGAGAUUCUGUCCAAGAUGCCCAAAGACUUCUAUGAGAAAAUUGAAGCUAAAAAGUGGCAGGAAAGAAAGGAAGCUCUGGAGGCCAUCGAGACCUUGAGCAAGAACCCCAAACUGGAGAACGGAGACUACGGCGACCUCGUCAGAGCCCUGAAGAAGGUCGUAGGUAAAGAUGCCAACGUGAUGCUGGUGUCGAUGGCGGCUAAAUGUCUGGCUGGACUGGCUGCUGGUCUCAGGAAGAAGUUUGGAACUUAUGCAGGACAAGUGGUUCCAACUAUUCUGGAGAAGUUCAAGGAGAAGAAGCCUCAGGUGGUCCAGGCUCUGCAGGAGGCCAUAGACGCCAUCUUCCUCACUACGACUCUCCAGAACCUGUCGGAGGACAUCCUGGCGGUGAUGGACAACAAGAACCCGUCCAUUAAGCAGCAGGCCUCCCUGUUUCUGGCUCGCUCCUUCAGACACUGCACUCAGGCCACGCUGCCCAAGAGCGUCCUCAAGCCUUUCUGCGCCGCUCUCAUCAAGCAAGUGAACGAUUCGGCUCCAGAGGUUCGUGACGCUGCCUUCGAGGCUCUGGGCACGGCCAUGAAAGUGGUGGGAGAGAAAGCCGUGAACCCGUUUCUGGCCGACCUGGAUAAACUCAAACUGGAUAAGAUUAAGGAGAGUGCUGAUAAAGUGGAGCUACCAGGAGGGAGGAAGGGCGCCGGAGGAGGUGGAGGAGGUGGAGCAGCGGAAAAGAAACCUGCUGCUAAAGCUGCUCCUGCUGCUGAAGCUCCAUCUAAAUCCUCGGCUCCAUCGAAGAAGACCACAUCUGCUGCCAGCAAGCAGUCAGCAGGUCCUCCUAAGAAAGGAAAGCCAGCGUCUGCAGCCGGAGGGAAAGCAAAGAAGGCCAACGACAGCAGAGAAGUCGCAGAGACCGAGCUGUCGAUCGAGGUGUGUGAAGACCUGGCUGCAGGUGUACUUCCUGCUGCUUGUCUGCAGCAGCUCGACUCGGCCAACUGGAAGGAGAGACUGGCCAGUAUGGAGGAGUUCCAGAGGGCUGUUGAGACCAUGGAAAAGACAGUGAUGCCCUGCCAGGCUUUAGUCAGGAUGCUGGCCAAGAAACCAGGCUGGAAGGAGACCAACUUCCAGGUGAUGCAGAUGAAGCUGCACGUCGUGGCUCUCAUCGCUCAGAGGGGACAGUUUUCCAAGACGUCGGCCUCGUUGGUACUGGACGGGUUGGUGGAUAAAGUCGGAGACGUCAAGUGUGGCGGCAACGCCAAAGAAGGACUGACCGCUAUCGGAGAGGCCUGCUCACUGCCGUGGACCGCAGAACAGGUUGUAUCGAUGGCAUUUGCUCAGAAGAAUCCCAAAAACCAGGCAGAGACGCUCAACUGGCUGGCUAAUGCCAUGAAGGAGUUCGGCUUCGCUGGGAUCAACGUGAAGGGUUUCAUCAACAACGUGAAGACGGCUCUGGGAGCGACGAACCCCGCCGUCCGGACGGCAGCCAUCGCCCUGCUGGGAGUCAUGUACCUCUACAUGGGAGCUCCGCUGAGGAUGUUCUUCGAGGACGAGAAGCCGGCGCUGCUCGCUCAGAUAGACGCCGAGUUUGAGAAGAUGCAGGGUCAGUCUCCACCCGCUCCAAUGAGAUGCACCAAGAAGUCUGCGACGGCAGCGGACGACGACGGCGAUGACGGAGAGGAGCAGGAUGAAGAUGGAGGAGGAGGAGGAGGACAGGACAUCAUGGACCUGCUGCCCCGGACAGAUAUCGGUGACAAGAUCACCUCGGACCUGGUGUCUAAAAUCGGGGAUAAGAACUGGAAGAUCAGGAAGGAGGGGCUGGACGAAGUCGCCGCCAUCAUCUCGGAGGCUAAAUUCGUCACGGCCAACAUCGGAGAGCUUCCUCUGGCGCUGAAGGGACGACUCAACGACUCCAACAAGAUCCUGGUGCAGCAGACUCUGACUAUUCUGCAGCAACUGGCGACAGCGAUGGGACCUGGACUAAAGCAGCACGUUAAAUCUCUGGGAAUCCCAGUUAUCACUGUUCUGGGAGACAGCAAGGUGAACGUGAGGACGGCAGCCAUGACGACGCUGCAGGCCUGGGUGGAGCAGACCGGGAUGAAGGACUGGCUGGAGGGAGAAGAUCUGUCUGAGGAGCUGAAGAGGGAGAAUCCGUUCCUGAGGCAGGAGGUUCUGGGCUGGUUGGCAGAGAAGCUGCCCACCCUGAGGACGGUCCCGGGGGAUCUGAUGCUGUGCAUCCCUCAGCUCUACGCCUGCCUGGAGGACCGCAACGGAGACGUGAGGAAGAAGGCUCAGGACGCCCUGCCCACCUUCAUGAUGCACCUGGGCUACGACAAGAUGAACAAGGCCACCGGCAAACUCAAACCGGCCUCCAAGGAUCAGGUGGUGGCCAUGCUGGAAAAGGCCAGAGCCGUGAUGCCAGCCAAACCUGCAGCUCCGGCCAAAGCAGGAGGGAAAGGAUCCGCAGAGACGAGCAGAGCUGCUUCAGCCUCCAGAUCUCAGCCGGCCGGUGACGAGAGCGAGAGUAAACCAGAAGUGAAGAAGGUCCGAGGAGGAGUAGCUGCUAAGAAGCCUCCCUCCCCUCCCGAGGAACCCGUCCCUCCCCCUUCCUCCAAGGACAAGGACUGUAAUGGUAGCAAAAAGCCGCCCGGCAAAGGGAAGGCUGCUGCCGGCGGUCAACAGGGCCCAGCCGGUAAGAAACCUGCAGCCAAAGGCGUGAAGGAUGAUGAAGACAGAUCUGGGCCCAUCUUCAUCCUCGUCCCCAACGCCAAGGAACAGAGGAUCAAGGAGGAGAAGCAGCUCAAGAUCCUUAAGUGGAACUUCAUCACUCCGCGGGACGAAUACGUGGAGCAGCUGAAGACUCAGAUGUUGACCUGCUUUGCGAAGUGGCUGCAGGACGAACUGUUUCACUUCGACUUCCAGAGACACGUGAAGGCCAUCGGAGUCAUGAUCGAGAGGUUGGAGAGCGAGAGCGACGCCACCAUCAGCUGCCUGGACCUGAUCCUGAAGUGGUUCACGCUGCGCUUCUUCGACACCAACACCACGGUGCUGAUGAAGGUUCUGGAGUAUCUGAAGCUGCUGUUCGCCAUGUUGAACCGGGAGAACUACCACCUGACGGAGUACGAGGCCAACUCCUUCGUCCCGUACCUCAUCCUGAAGGUCGGAGAGUCAAAGGAUGUCGUUCGCAAAGACGUCCGAGCCAUCCUGGGCAUGUUGUGUAAAGUUUACCCAGCGUCCAAGGUCUUCCCUUUCCUCAUGGAGGGAACCAAGUCCAAGAACUCCAAACAGAGAGCUGAGUGUCUGGAGGAGUUGGGUUGUUUGAUAGAAGGCUACGGGAUGAACGUUUGCCAACCGACUCCGGCUAAAUCCCUGAAGGAAAUCGCCGUCCACAUCGGCGACAGAGACACGUCUGUCCGCAACGCCGCCCUCAACACCGUGGUGGCCGUUUAUAACGUGUGUGGAGAUCAAGUCUACAAACUCAUAGGAAACCUGUCUGAGAAGGACAUGAGCAUGCUGGAGGAGAGGAUCAAGCGUUCGGCCAAGAAGACUCCGGCCGCCCCGGCCAAGCAGAGCGCCGCCGAGAGGCCUCAGAGGGAACAUCCGACGAACCCCAACGCCACCUUCCUCCGCAAGCCUGCACAGGAAGAUCCCAACAAGCUCAACCAAGCCCGGCAGAACGCUCAGCACAGCGAGUCCUCCCACCCGUCCAUCCCCAAGGAGUUCCAGUUGGACCUGGACAUGAUCGAGAUGGACCAGAGCCGAGUGUGCGAGCUGCCCGACCUCGUUCAGCACAAACUGGAUGAGCUGCUGGAGCCCAUCAUGAUCCCCGAGCCCAAGAUGCGCGCCGUCUCUCCGCACUUCGACGACCUCCACAACAGCACGGCGUCCACCAUCAACUUCGUCAUCUCUCAGGUGGCGAGUGGCGACAUCAACACCAGCAUACAGGCGCUGGCACAGAUUGACGAGGUGCUUCGGCAGGAGGACAAAGCUGAAGUCAUGUCGGGACACAUCGACCAGUUCCUCAUCGCCACCAUCAUGCAGCUGAGACUCACCUACAGCACUCACAUGGCCGACGACCGGCUGGACAAGAAGGACAUCAUCAAACUGUACAGCUGCAUCAUAGGAAACAUGCUGUCUCUCUUCUCUAUGGAGUCUCUGGCCAGAGAGGCUUCGAUGGGCGUCCUGAAGGACCUGAUGCACGGCCUGAUAACGCUGAUGCUGGACGGCAGAAUGGAGGACAUAGAAGACGGGACGCAGGUCAUCAGGUCCGUCAACCUGCUGGUGAUCAGAGUCCUGGAAAACUCGGACCAGACCAACAUGAUCAGCGCUCUGCUGGUGUUACUUCAGGACACUCUGGUCUCCACGGCCGGCUCUCCGAUGGUCUCCGAGCUGGUCAUGAAGUGUCUGUGGAGGAUGAUCCGCUUCCUCCCAGAAACCAUCAACAACAUCAACCUGGACCGGAUCCUGCUGGACGUCCACAACUUCAUGAAGGUUUUCCCCAAAGAGAAGCUCAAGCAGCUGAAGAGCGACGUCCCCCACAGGACCCUGAAGACCCUGCUACAUACACUGUGCAAACUGACCGGGGCCAAGAUACUGGAUCACCUGUCGAUGAUCGAGAAUCGCAACGAGUCUGAGCUGGAGGCCCAUCUGAGGCGGGUGGUCAAACACUCGGGAAACCUGUCGGGACUCAAGAGCGACCGAGGAAACGAGAAGGGCGGACUGCGCAUGGAUGAUCGAAUGUCGAAGGCAAAGGUCAGCGACAUCCUGUCUGAGAUCUUCAAGAAGAUCGGCUCCAAGGAGAACACUAAAGAGGGUCUGACGGAGCUGUACGAGUACAAACAGAAAUACUCGGACGCCGACUUGGAGCCGUUCCUCAAAAACACGUCGCAGUUCUUCCAGAGCUACGUGGAGCGAGGCCUUCGCAUGAUCGAGUCCGAGAGGGAGGGAAAGGCUCGCAUCCAGACCUCAGCAGUGAUUCCUCAACACGGCGUCGACUCCAGUCAGAGCGGCAACAACGAGGAGCUGAAACCAGCCGUCUACUACGAGAGACUGAAGAUCCUGAGACAGAGACAAGGACUAGAAAACACCUCCAGGCAGCAGGGAGUUGGGGGAAGCGACGACGAGCCUCAGCAGCGGCCGGCCAUCUCCUCCCUGCUGUCGUCGAAGCCUUCGGUGGCGUCGUCCACCGACAUGCUGCACAGCAAGCUGUCG